AUUGUUAUGAUCAAUUCUAAUGACACUUGAGUAGCCUGUCUUGAAUGAUAAGAUGCAUCUAUAGAUGUUUACAGAAUGUGUAUCUUGUACAUGAUAAACCUUUUGAUUCGGUCUAAUUCGGUAACCCGUUUUAGUUCGUGUUGUCAUUUUUGUGGGAGGACGACAAAAUGUUUAUCUACUCAGUAGCCGUUCUUUUAAUUGUAGCUGUUGCAAAUGGCCAAGAUUGCCAUCCGGACAAUGGCUGUUGCUGGUUAGGUGGUUGGUGCGGUAGUGGAGCAACAGACGAUUGUGUUAAUGGUAGAUGGGACUACAAUGUUGGCUGUGUACCCUACCAUCAGGAUUGCUGCCUCCCCAAUACACCACCUACUGACCCACCAAGUCCUGACCCUACCUCUAACACAACUGCUCCACUGGAAACUGAUCCACCACUGCCAGACUGCGACAUUAGAAACGAAUGUUGCCUCGUGGGAGGUACAUGCGGUGAUGCCGCAUUUGAUGAGUGCCCUGGGGGUACCUGGGAGUACGGCCUGCGCUGUGUUCCAUUUACGAAGACGUGCUGUAUCGGACAGAUCACGCUACCUCCCCCGGGACCAACAACAACCAGGGACCCCUCUAUCACCUACCCUCCAUUGAAUUUAACAGAUUGCGGUGAACGCCCAGCUAUGCCAGCGUUGAACCCAAAGAUCCAGAUCGUUGGAGGAGAAACGGUGGUACCCCACUCUUGGCCAUGGGCUGUUGAGUUAAGAUUCGAUUACUUCAACUGGAACGACUGGAGGCAUCACUGCACCGGAACAUUGAUCCAUCCUCAGUAUGCUAUCACUGCAGGCCAUUGUAUUGCAAAGAGCAAUGCGGAUGGCAUCCACCAGUUCAGAGUGGUACUUGGCAGUCAUGACCAGAACAACCCAGAUGGUCUCGAAGUCAUAUCCGAGUUGGAGCAGGCAUUUGUCCAUGAAGACUACAGCACCUCCAUACCUGGCUCCCCUAACGACAUUGCUCUACUAAAGUUGGACGAGCCCGUAGAAUUGAGCAACCGUAUUGGUAUCGCAUGCCUCCCCGGGUACAAGGACCAAGUGUUUUCACCCACAGAUAACUGCUGGAUCGCGGGCUGGGGAGAGACAUUAGGUACUAGUCAGCAGAAUGUAUUGACAGAAGCCAAACUGAACAUUACAACCAAUGAGGAGUGCGACUACAAAUGGGAGACGGGGUCUGGACGUGUCAACCUAAUCAAACCCGAGCACAUCUGUAUCGGCAAUGGGUUCCCAGGUGCCUGUAACGGCGACUCGGGUGGCCCCCUGGUGUGUGAGAAAGAAGGCAAAUGGAUUGUUGCUGGGGCGACAUCUUUUGGUGCAGCAGGUUGUCAAUCUUGGAAUGCUCCCAAUGUUUACACAAGAGUGUCUUACUAUAUAGACUGGAUCAGAGAGAAGAUGAACCAAACGUAA